AUGCUGCUCAACUCGCUGACGCUGGCUGGACUCGUAGUGCUGGCACUCCCCGCCAGAGCAGCUGAUCGCGCCAAUACUUUCCAAUACGUGGGGCUCUCGGGGGUUUCGGCUCAGCAGCUCUUCUUGGGCACGCUGAACAAGGUGUACAUCGUGGACAAGACCGAGAACAACAAUGCGACAGUCAACAGUCACCCGGCAUGGGCAACAGAGUAUGACCUGACCACCAAUGAUUUCAGAACGAUGGACGUCCUGAGUAACUCGUUCUGUGCGGGCGGCUCUCAACUGGGGAACGGAACGUGGCUUAAUGUGGGCGGCAACCAAGCUGUGACCUAUAACGGAAACAGUCAAUCACCGUACAAGGACUGGGACGGCGGCAAGGCGGUGAGACUGUUGGAUGCCUGUGAUGACGAGAGCUGUGACUGGAUCGAUGAUCCGGGGCUGUACAUGACUAGCCGGAGAUGGUACCCGACUCUGGAAACCUUGGAGGAUGGAACCAUCAUCAUCAUGGGCGGAUGUGAAUGGGGAGGAUAUGUCAACUAUGCCGACAAUCAGAACAAUCCCACGGUCGAAUACUUUCCCAAGAAAGGCACACCGUUCACACUCAACUUUCUUCUCAAUACCAUGCCUGUCAACCUCUUCCCCCUCGUCUGGCUGCUGCCAUCAGGCAACCUCUUUGUUCAGGCCGAAUACCAAGCCGAGAUCUUUGACUACAAGAACAACAUCGAAUACCCCAUCAGCAACAUUCCCGAUUGCGUCCGUGUAUACCCAGCUUCUGCUGGUACGGCCGUCUUCCCUAUGACGCCAGAGAACAACUGGACGUCUACCAUCAUAUUCUGCGGCGGCACCUAUCUCGAGUCUGAUCAGUGGACGACGGAUUGGAACAUUGCAGAGUAUGCCAACAACAAGAGUUGUGUCCACAUCAGUCCCGAUGUCGACUUGACUUGGUAUCAGAACGAUCCUCUUGACACCGGAAGGUCUAUGGGCAACUUUAUCAACUUGCCUGAUGGUCGUCUCUUUUACGUCAAUGGUGCCGAGACUGGUACUGCAGGCUAUGGCACUCAGGACUGGUGCGUCGGUGAAUCCUAUGCCGACAAUCCUCUGUACCAGUCGUGGUACUUUGACCCCAAGCAGCCUUCUGGGUCGCGAUGGUCCAAAGCUGGAGUGUCGAGCAUUCCUAGAAUGUACCAUUCUACAGCAUCUCUCUUGCCCGACGGAACUGUCAUCAUCAGUGGAGGUAAUCCCAACGCCGAUUGUAACGCCGAGUACAAUACAUCCUAUACCUACUUUACUCAGUACCAAGUGGAGAUCUUCUAUCCCGACUACGCCGACCGCAACAAGCCUGAUCCUUCAGGUAUGCCUAGCCAACUCACCUAUGGCGGCGACUAUUUCAACGUGACCCUCUCCGCAACCGACCUCUUCAACAACCCCAUCAACAUCAACAACACCCGCGCCGUCGUGAUGCGCACUGGCUUUUCCACCCACACGAUGAACAUGGGCAUGCGCCACGUCGAGCUAGAGACCAGUUUCACUUCGACUGAUGAUGGAGGCGGUAUUUUGCAUGUAGCGCAGAUGCCUCCGAACCCCGCUAUCCUUGCCCCCGGAAAUGCGCUAUUCUUCAUCGUCGUCGAUGGUGUGCCCUCCAAUGCUUCUUGGGUCAUGGUCGGCGACGGUAUCGUUGGCGAUCCUACGGUCAAAGAUCGAUCCGUGUUGCCUCGAUCACAGAUCAGUGCGCAGAUCAUGGCACAAUACGGCUAUGGCAAUAGCUAUGCCAAGGCUUCUACUUCUGGUGGCCUUGCAAGAUUGGGUGAGGGGAUGGGUGUUUUGGGCGCCGCUUUGUUGGCUUGUAUGUUGGUUCUGUAG